AGUGAAGAUUGGAUCACCGCUAAGGGUCCCACAGAAAGCUUAGCGAUUAUCUCCCCAACCCACAUGAACAUGCUACCCACCUUAGCAAUUAUGCGGGACCCAUCCUGCAAUUUCACCCAAUUUUGUUGAUCGUUCCCCUUUCUCCCUCUCUUUUUCAUAUUACCGGCAAACUACUUGACCGUCCUCUUUUCGUCGUUCCCACUGUUUACAGCGGAAAAUUUCGGGCUCCUCUUUGAAGGUAGCUUUGAGAUUAUUCACUCUCAUUGUCGUUUCCUAGUGUCUGUGCCAAAAAAGUGUUUCAAUUUUUCUUCAUCGGAACAGAAGCAUUUAAGCAAAAAGAUAUUGGUGAUCUUUAGAUCAUGAAUUCCAGGAGAGAUCUCCGUACCAAUAGAGCUGCCCUUUUUGAUGGCAUUGAAGAGGGUGGCAUCAGGGCCUCGUCUUCUUACUCCCAUGAAAUUGAUGAACAAGAUAAUGAAAGAGCUAUGGAAGGAUUGCAAGAUCGAGUCAAUCUUCUGAAAAGAUUGUCAGGUGAUAUACAUGAGGAGGUGGAGACUCAUAAUGGCAUAUUGGACAGAAUGGGCAAUGACAUGGAUUCAUCCAGGGGAGUCCUAUCAGGAACUAUGGAUCGAUUUAAGAUGGUUUUUGAAACAAAAUCAAGCCGGAGAAUGUUUACACUUGUGGCGUCCUUUGUUGUGAUAUUCCUUAUUGUAUACUAUCUGACUAGGUAAUCAAUCGAAGAUGAUGAUACAGUUGCUAGCAUCGUGAAAGUGGAUCAUUUUGUGGUAACUGUAAUCAAUGGUACUUCCUGUUGUUAGAUUUUAGGCAUGUUUAUAUGAAGAAGUUGAAAUAUGUCAAAAUGCGUUGAAUGUAUGGAAUGGGUGUGAAAAAUCUUUGCUCCCGUUUUCAUUUAAGUUGGACGACCAUGCUUUGGCUGUUUAA